UCAACUUUUAAUUACACUACACACCUGCUUCUAACCCAUCUCUCUCCGUAUCUGAUUGAUUCGUCGUUCAAAUCUCGAAAUCUCCGGCACUGACAAUGGCGAGAGGCUCAUCUCAGUCCCAAUCAUCGUCCUCAUCAACCUCCCGUCCCGGUCCCGUCGGCAUGGCACCUCGCGGCUCCGCGGCGGCGACCGCCGGGAUGAGACGCCGCCGACUCGGAGGCUCCUCCAGUGGUUCGGCCGACGUCGGCGGGGACUCCGGCGGUAACAUGCUCAGAUUCUACACUGACGACGCCCCUGGACUGAAGAUCUCGCCCACAAUGGUCCUCGUCAUGAGCCUCUGCUUCAUCGGCUUCGUCACCGCCCUUCACGUCUUCGGCAAGCUCUACCUCCACCGAUCUGGUGCUGGAUCUUAAUUUCCGAUUCCUCAUCAUCGAGAUUUGGAUGCUUUUUUCUGAUCGGAGCAAUUGGUAAUUGAAAUGCCACGAUUUUUCGCUUUUGUAAAUGUUUUAAUGUUCUAAUUUUUGAUAAAAAGUUGACUUUAAGUUAGUUUUCUUAUGAAGGAAAGAUAGAAAAGGAUUUUAGUUUGGUUGAA